AUGCUAUUAAGAUUGAGAUCAAAACUUGGUAUUCACCGUGUAAGUUGCGAAGGAAAUGACAAUUUUGGCAGUGUGAUUGAAAAAUGGGCAAACCAAUUAAGACUUAAUGUGGAUCCUGACUCAGUUUCAGUAAGUACACAACCUGGCGUCUCCAAACUGAUGACUGAGAUAGCACACCAAGGUGUGGAAUCACUUGGCUUGAGACAUGGAGACAUGGUGACAGUUGAAUUCAAGGUUUUGGACACUGAAGAAAAGAAUGUUUCGGAGAAGGAAAUGACCAAUAUGACUGUCUCCGCAAGCACAACGAGUGUUCCCAUCAGUAGUAGCCACAACAAGGGAUCAAUAAGAGGCAAAGUCAAGGAAUCUGCUUUAGAUAUAGAACUUGAGGGUGAGACUGGAUUGAUACCUCGUUCAAGAUCAUCACUUUGUAGACAUGGAGAAAAGGGAAUGUGUGAGUAUUGCUCGCCAUUGCCGCCUUGGGACAAAGGCUAUCAAGAUGAACACAGCAUCAAACACAUAUCGUUCCAUGCGUAUUUGAAACAGCUAGACGAGGUUACCAACAAAAAAUCCUCCGGUUCAUCAUACAUUCCGCCCCUAAGUGAACCUAACUAUGAGAUAAAUUUGAAUUGUGCGGGUGGUCAUGAGCCGUGGCCCAAAGGUAUCUGCUCCAAAUGUCAACCCUCUGCUAUUACACUCCAACAGCAAUCCUUUAGAAUGGUAGACCAUGUUGAAUUUCAGGAGAGUGAAUUGAUUAACCAAUUCAUCGACUCUUGGAGAACCACUGGUAUGCAAAGAUUUGGUUAUUUAUACGGUUAUUAUAAAAGAUACGAUAACGUUCCAUUGGGAAUAAAGGCAGUGGUCGAGGCCAUAUGGGAACCGCCGCAACAUGAUGAACAAGAUGGUCUUACCAUGGAUAUGGACCAAGUCGUUAAAGAGGUAGAGGACACGGAUAAACUUGCGCGCGAAAUGGGUUUGGAAAGGAUAGGUAUGAUAUUCACUGAUUUGACGGAUACUGGGCUGGGAGAUGGAUCUGUGUAUUGUAAAAGACAUAAAGAUUCAUUUUUCCUCUCGUCACUUGAAGUGAUCAUGGCUGCUAAGCAUCAGUUAAGACACCCCAACGUCAGUAAAUUUAGCGAAACAGGAUUAUUCUCAUCGAGGUUCGUAACUUGUUGCAUCUCAGGAAAUUUGAACCAAGAGAUUGAUAUUGCUACGUACCAAGUAAGCAUUGAAGCGGAAGGCUUAGUGGAAGCCGACCUAAUUUCUGGAUCUACACAUCCCUCACAAGCAUACAUUAACGAAACAAACGACAAGAGAUACGUACCGGAAAUCUUCUACACUCGUAAAAACGAAUACAAUCUUACCGUCAAGCAAAACGCCAAACCUGCAUUCCCAGUAGACUACCUAUUGGUAUCUUUGACUCAUGGGUUUCCAAAGGAGACCGAUGAUGACAGUACCACCACCGCAAACACCACCACAGUAUUCAAAACUGUAGCAGGGUUUCCAUGGACCAACCGCCAAGCUAUGGGCCAAUCUCAGGACUACACUGAACUAAAGAGGUACGUCUACAAAGCAUGCACCGGUAAUGAUCUCGCAGAGCUACAGGCAAAACUCUCCAAUUUCCAUUUCCUAUUGUACCUGCAUUCCAUAGAAGUGUUGAAUCAGCAGGAAUGGUCGCUCCUCAUCAGGACAGUGACCGCACCAACACUGCAUGAAGCAACUGAACCUUUACUCAAUCUCAUCAACUCCCCAGGAUGGCAGACCUUCGUCAUGAUCCUUGAGCAGUCAAUGUAA